AUGGAGAACUUCAACCUGUUGGAUUUCUUCGCAACCGAAAAACUAUACCUGACCGUCGCAGGUUUCUACCCUGCCGAGUUAAGUCUGAGCCGAUAUCUCUACAUACUGAGUGCCCUCGUUAACCUGUCCACAUCCUGGUUGCAAUUCCUGUCUCUUAUCACUUUUUCUUACUUCAGUUUAAAUGAUCUGAGGAAGCUCUCCGAGAUCCUUCUAUUCUGCAUGACACAGUUCGCGUUUCUCAACAAACUGACGAAUCUGAUCUGGCACAAAAGCAGUUUGAAGGAGCUGGAGGCGAUGCUGCAAAAAACAGUUUUUACCAGCGUUAGAAUUGAAGAAAAACACAUUCUGACAAACCAUCUGCAAGGCGGGAAAUUACUAGCUAAAAUGUACAGAGUGCUGUGCUUUUUGGUCGUUCUAUUCUACGCUUUGUUCCCCUUUUUGGACGAGAGAUCCGACAAAGGGCAUACAUUCCCUUUGCCCUGCUGGUUUCCUUUCAACGAAGGCGACUACUACUACCCGGUGUUCUUCUUUGAAGUUUGGAGCAUCGCUAUCUCAGCUACUGUUAAUUCUAGCAUCGACGUUUUGACUAUCAUGACGAUGAUACUGGCUACCGCCGAGUUUAAAAUCUUGAACAGGAAACUGACCAAUAUUGCAUCGUAUUCGGGAGUCGACGGGGACUACGACGAUGAUGUCGAAGUAAGGAGUAGACUGGGAGAAUGUAUAAUUCACUACGACGAAGCACUCAAUUUGGUGAGACACAUUGAACUCACGUUUUCAAAGGGCAUUUUCGUGCAGUUCUUCUGCAGUGUUAUGGUGAUCUGCUUGACAGGAUUUCAGAUGCUAGUGACCUUCAACACGAUGGAUUUCAUCAGAGCCGAGAAACUAUAUCUGACCCUCACAGGCUUCUACCCCGCUGAGCCAGGUCUUCGCAGAUAUCUCUUCAUACUGAGUGCUCUCGUUAACCUGUCCAUAUCCUUGUUGCAAUUCCUGUCUCUUAUCACUUUUGCUUACUUCAAUUUAAAUGACCUGAGGAAAGUCACCGAUAUCCUUGUAUUCUGCGUGACACAGUUCGCGUUUCUCAACAAGCUGACGAAUCUGAUCUGGCACCAAAGCAGUUUGAAGGAGCUGGAGGCGUUGCUGCAAAAACCAGUUUUUACCAGCGUUAGAAGUGAAGAAAAACACAUUAAAACAAGUCAUCUGCAAGGCGGGAAAUUACUAGGUAAAAUGUACAGAGGGAUGUGUUUCCUGGGCGUUGUACUCUACACUUUGUUUCCGUUACUGGACAAGAGAUCCGACAAAGAGCCUAAAUUCCCUUUGCCCGGCUGGUUUCCUUUCAAUGAAGUCGACUACUACUACCCAGUGUUCUUCUUUGAAAUUUUGAGCAUUGCUAUCUUAUCUGUUAUUAAUUCUAGCAUCGACCUAUUGACUAUCAUGACGAUGAUACUGGCUACUGCCGAGUUUAAAAUUUUGAACAGGAAACUGACCAAUAUUUCAACGUCUUCGGGAGCAGAUGGGGACUAUGACGAUGAUGACGAAGUAAGGAGUAGGAUGGGAGAAUGUAUCAUUCACUACGACGAAGCACUCAAUUUGGUGAAACACAUUGAACUCACGUUUUCAAAGGGCAUUUUCGUGCAGUUCUUCUGCAGCGUUAUGGCGAUCUGCUUUACAGGGUUUCAGAUAAUAGUGAUACCGUUCAGAAGUAUACGAUUCGUACUGCUGGUGGCCUACCUUUUGGUCAUGAUGUGGCAGGUGGCCAUGUACUGCUGGUACGGUCACAAUGUGAUGGACAGCAGCGAUCAGGUGACCAGCGCCUGUUACAAGACCAGGUGGGAUAAAUGCAGCGUAGAAGUCAGGAAAUCUUUGAUGAUUGUGAUGGAGAGGGCCAAAAAACUGGCCACCAUAAGAGCGGGAAAUUUCUUCACGCUAAAUAUACCCACUUUGAUGACGAUUCUCAGGUCGUCGUAUUCUUAUUUCGCACUGCUUCAAAGGGUAUACGGAAACAACUGAAGAUCACCGAAAUACUAGAAAAGUACAAGUAGUUUAGUAUUAUCACCAUUAUUUUUUUUAUUUUUCACUUCAAAUUGUCUGUCAUUCUUGAUAUUUGAAGAAGAGUAAAAAUAUGAAAAUGCACACGAAAUCAUUGAUACCUACAUUAGAUUCAUUAUAUCCAUAGGAGCUGUUGUGUUUUGUAAUUAAAAAUGUCUGUUGUUCACAUUGAUGUAAGAAGAAGACCUCUUUUGUUGUUCACCUAAAUUUUAUCCCUAGAAGUACCACAUUCAACUGCUAUUUUCGGGUAAAAUCCCUAUUGCCAAUUUGAAAUAUAAGUUUGAAUUAAUUGUCACAUAUUUUAAACAAUUCACUAGAGCACAAAUGGAUAUACAUAUGAAGGUAUGUCAGACCGUCAUUUCAGGGCAAACAAGAACAUUGUGGUACAUCUAGGAACUUUAACAUUUUGAAUGUUUCAGCACCAUCUAGACGAGGUGCUGUAUAAUGUGAAUACAAAAAAUAAAGCAC